CUUGGUAUCGCGAGUAGUCGUUCAGAUAAAUCCGCAACGCGGCUUUCCAAUCGGCCAUUUCGUCGGUGCAGGCCAUAGCCGUAAAGGGCAACGGGGGGAAUCCGCAUUAUACUGGUUAUCUGAAAGGCAACUCGAGAACAUCGCACCAUGAGUGAGACAGCUAUCUCUUUUGCCAAGGACUUCUUGGCCGGUGGCAUCUCCGCAGCCAUCUCCAAAACAGCCGUCGCACCCAUCGAGAGAGUCAAGCUUCUCCUUCAGGUCCAACAUGCCAGCAAGCAGAUCACAGCAGAUAAGCAGUAUAAGGGAAUUGUGGACUGUGUCGUCCGUAUCCCCAAGGAGCAGGGUUUCCUCUCCUUCUGGAGAGGUAACCUUGCCAAUGUCAUCAGGUAUUUCCCCACCCAGGCCCUCAACUUCGCUUUCAAGGACAAGUACAAGAAGAUCUUCCUGGACGGUGUCGACAAGCGCACUCAAUUCUGGAGGUACUUCGCUGGCAACUUGGCAUCGGGCGGAGCCGCCGGAGCCACCUCCCUGUGCUUCGUGUACCCCCUCGACUUUGCCCGUACCCGUCUGGCCGCCGACGUCGGAAAGCCUGGAGCCGGGAGGGAGUUCACCGGUCUCGGUGACUGCCUGGUCAAGAUCUUCAAGUCUGACGGUCUGCGGGGCUUGUAUCAGGGCUUCAAUGUGUCCGUGCAGGGGAUCAUCAUCUACAGGGCUGCUUACUUUGGCAUCUACGACACCGCCAAGGGUAUGCUGCCUGACCCCAAGAACACUCACAUUCUUGUAAGCUGGAUGAUUGCCCAGACUGUGACAGCCGUCGCCGGCCUGACCUCCUACCCCUUUGACACUGUCCGUAGACGUAUGAUGAUGCAGUCUGGACGCAAAGGAGCUGACAUCAUGUACAGCGGCACCAUCGACUGCUGGCGUAAGAUCGCCCGUGACGAGGGCGGCAAGGCCUUCUUCAAGGGUGCGUGGUCCAAUGUGCUGCGAGGCAUGGGGGGUGCUUUCGUGCUGGUGUUGUACGAUGAGCUGAAGAAGAUCAUUUAAAAAAAAAAAAAGUCACCUUGUCACCUCACUGUCCAAUUCGGCUAAAUGUAAUAACUUUCCAUUUCUUAUGGACUCUGCAUUCUGCCUUAUUUAUGGGAACAAAAGUUAUAGUGUCCUCUCCACCUAGCUGUGGGUAAUGGCUGUACGUUGUGCAUUUUGAUUUUAAACGUUCCGCACGCCAUCUUUACCAAUGUCAUUCCUUCAACAAGUAUAAUACCUCCUGUUCUUCACUAUUGUCCCAACUCAAAUAAAUCCGUUCUGGGGAACCAACUACAAA